AUGACGGACGACAGGCCACACGUACUGCCGCGCGCUAAGGGCCGCUCGGCCUCGAUCUGCGCUACGAGUUUGGAAGCGAUUCCGCCUUCCGGUGCUUCCCCGGAAAGUAGCAGAAGAAGGAGACCGGCCGCUCGGUCUCAGAGUGCCAGGUUGACGAACAACAGAAGAUCGGUCAAAAACAGACCAGUCACCUCGACCGCUAACAGUGUCAAAAGCCAGAGUAACAGUGAACCCAAGUUGACUGACGAUAUCACGCCGGAAGUAUCACCACAUAUCAGAAGGAAAGGCUCGCAGAGGAGAGGUACUUCCGUUUAUCAAAGAAAGUCUACGGCGUUCUUGGACGUACCGGAUACGCGCUCCAAGAAUAAUUUUAAUCCCGAAGAAGAAGAUGAGGAUUCAUACAGAUUGAGAUCUUUCAGUUUCACCUCUAAAGGAGUUUUUACGUCAAAAACAGGUAUUGUAAAUAGAGGUGACUCAUUUAGAAGACGGCGCUCAAGAAGUAACAGCUUAAUCCCACCAUCCAUAGGUGGCACUCCCUCGCCCGUCUUAGACAUGCCCGACCAAAAUCUGUUAGAAGUAUCAUCAUAUGUCGUAUCAUUAUUAGGUGCUCAAGGAGUUGGUAAAACAGCUUUGAUCAGUCAAUUUAUGACAUCAGAAUGUAUAAAUGCCUAUGAUAGGCAAAAAGAUCUGCGGGGAGCUCAAACGGUGUCCAUUAUGCUAAACGGAGAAGAAUCCGAAUUAACAUUUCAAAACACAGGGACGUUAAAGGACGUUGUCGACAAGAUCCACCACCCCCCAGACGCUUUUAUCGUCCUUUAUUCAGUCGUAGACAAGGCCAGUUUUCUGAAGGCGGAAACGGAAUUGAGCAGGCUGCAGGAUACUGACCAGCUGCGAUCCAGACCGUUUAUCCUCGUCGCCAAUAAAAUCGACUUGGCUAGGAGCAGAGCGGUGUCGACACAAGAUGGCAAAUGCCUAGCUUGCACGUACCGGGCAAAAUUCAUAGAAAUCUCUGUAGGCAUCAACCACAACGUAGACGAGCUCUUGGUAGGAAUAUUGACCCAAAUCAGACUGAAAGUGCACAACUUCGAUGAAAGCGGGCAUACGCAACAAUGGUACAAAAGCAGAGGGAUGGUCAAAGCUAGCAUGAAGGCCCGCCAAAUGUUCACGUGGCUAUUCGGAAGAGAAGAUUCCAAGUUUAAAAACUGCGAGAAUCUUCACAUUCUGUAGCGGAGCAAAUCAAUGGGAUUUGAAUCACAAACUAAUGUGUAGGCUCUCUUUUUCUUCCCGUAAAACAAUUGAGUUAUGAGUAUAUUCUUCCUAUUUUAUAAGAUUGCAAAUAAAAUUUAUAUGCCAUUCAGGUGUAUUUUAAGGUGUAAAAAAAUUAGACAAAGCAAUAUGUGAUCAUUAUUGAGGUAACAUAUCUGUAGGAUAUAUCGUGUAAUGUUUGGUAAAUCCUUUAGCUUUAGAUAUUUCAUAUUUACUCUCUUUUGUAGCUCUAUUAUGUAAUUAGUAUUUAGGUUACCUUUUUGGGAAAGCCAUAUCAAAGAUCUUUUUAACAGCAUACAUAAAGAACCAGAAAAACGGACAAUAACAAUGAAGGACCGAAAAUUCUGAGAACUGAAAUAAAAUUAUAAAUGACCAUAAUCAACUCAAAAGAAAUAAGAGCCCAGGAAAUCGAAAUAUUUGUCUUUUUAUUCCAUCGUAUUUAUGAUACAGGAAAAAUGCCCCAAGACUAGCUAGAAUCGAUAUUCAUCCCACUACAGAAGAAGCCAAACUAACAACACUGCCAUGAGUUCCGUCUGAUAAGCCUUAUGAGUCACUCAGUAAAAGACCUAUUAAAAGUCGUAUUUAACCAAAUCUAUAAACAGUGCGAAACAAUCAUCAGAGACUAGAGACCAUCAGUUUGGAUUCAGAGCCGGUGUGGGAACGAGAGAAUCCCUGUUCAGUUUACUAGUUCUUGUCCAAAAAUGCUACAACGUAUUUCCAAUUGUAUUUCUUAGUACAUGUUGCAAUAGUUUCCUCAAUAAACUAUAGUUGUAAACUUUCAAAAGACUUGAAAGUUCGUUACUGUUGUCAUGCAACUUAUUGAAGAAUUGUAUAUUUUAACGAGAUUAUAAAUUAGCCAAAGGGACUAUUUUGGGUCGCAGUCUAUUAUAGAAAGUUACCUGAAGAACAUCUAUAGUGUAAUACUCAGUAGCUGUCAAUAAAACCAUAUUUUUACUCCACACUUCCAACAUUUAUUUACCAUCGUCGAUCGAGAAGAAGCUGACAAAGGGACAUUACAACACAAUUCGAUCCUGAUAUUUACAUCUAAUUGUCCAUUUGGUCACGAGUAAGACACGAUCUUAUUAGAGCGAUUACAAGAAGUCGGUUUACAUGGAAAAGACAUCAAACUACUAAAAAACUUAUACUGGAACCAAAACGCCCGAAUUAAGAUUGAAGGUUCCACGUCCGCGGAAGGAGAAAUUAGGACGGGAGUUAGACAAGGAUGUGUUUUGUGACCUCUGUUUUUAAUCUUUAUUGCGAAUUUCUAUUUAAAGAGGCACUGUAGAAUUCCAAGGACGAAGUAAAGGUGAAUGGCGUAAACAUCAAUAGCAUCAGAUACGCUGAUGACACGGUGUUGAUUGCGGAUUCAGACUUGGAUCUACAAUGACUCAUCGACAAGACCAACUCGAUCUGUGAGCAAUUCAACGUGAAAAUAAACAUUAAAAAUCAAGGUGAUGUCAACCCGCAAAAAUCAGAAUGUAAGUAAAUUUAAGUACUUGGGGUGUUGGAUCAAUAGCAGCCUAUAAAUUCUGAUCUAUAAAUAGGAUGAAGAAUAUAACAGGCCAGAAAAUCUUUCGUAAAAAUCAAAAACUGCUAUGUGAUUUUCGAAUAAAGCUCGAAAUUCGACUACGUUUAUCAAAAUGCUACGUUUGGUCGACUCUUCUCUAUGCAGUUGAAAUGUGGACCCUUAGAACAGCGGCCGUAAAUAAAUUGGAGGCAUUUGAAAUGUGGAUCUACCGGAGAAUCCUUAAAAUUUCAUGGACAUCGCAUACCUCAAACGAAGAAGUGCUGCAUAGAGUAGGCAAAGAACGAGAACUUCUCAACAUAGUGAAAUCAUACAUCAUAGAAAAACAUCAUACCUAGGCCACAUACUGAAUAUGCUCAACUAAUAGUGAAAAGAAAGAUCGGGGGAAAGAGCGGACUAGAAAGGAAAAGUUUAUCGUGGCUAAGAAACAUCCGACAAUGGAUAGUGCAAUUGACAUUAUGUUUAUAUUCCCUUAGGAGACUAUUUUCUACGGAUGUCUGUAGGUAUAAUAUUACCCAAACAGGGAACCAUGGGAUAUGAGUUCUUUUAAUCCAUCUUCUUCUUCUUCUUCUUCUUCUUCUUCUUCUUCUUUUUAUAUAGACAUUACUCUGUCUGUUUUUCAAUGUGCCUCCAGUAAGUUGUCAUUCCAUCUUUUUCGUGGUCUUCCCACUGAUUGUCUUCCUAUUGGGGAACCGUCUCUCGCCGUCCUUACUACUCUAUUUGUUGUCAUUCGGCUUAUGUGGUCGUUCCAUCCUACUCUUCUGCUUUUCACCCAGUUAUUAAUGUUGUCCACCUUGCAUCUCCUUCGUAUAUCUGCACUUCUAGCUCUAUCCCAUAGCGUCUUACCAUCGAUUUUUCGCAAUGUUUUCAUCUCUGCUGUUUCUAGCAUUCUUUUUGUCCUUUCUGUAUCAGGUCGUGUUUCUGCCGCGUAUGUCAUUAUUGGUCUGAAGACUGUUUUGUAAAUUCUGCCUUUCACUUCUUUUCCGAUGUUUUUAUUUCUCCAUAUUGUUUCAUUCAGGCAACCUGCGGCUCUGUUUGCUUUAUUUACCUGAUCUUCCAAUUCUGUUUCGAGUUUUCCAUAGCUGCAUAGUGUGAUGCCUAGAUAUUUAAACUCCAUGACUUGUUCUAUUAUUUGACCCUCCAGCUCUAAUUUACACCUUAUUAGAUCUGCUGUUAUAACCAUGCAUUUAGUCUUUUUUGGGGAAAUUAACAUGUUAAAUUUUCUAGCGGUUAUAUUAAAUUCGUGCAGCAUACGUUGUAAAUCAUCUUCACUUUGAGAGAUUAGUAUUGCGUCGUCUGCAUAGCAGAUUAUUUUAAGUUGUUUUUCUCCCUUCCUCUUUUAAUCCAUGUGUUGGUAAUCUUUAUGGUUUGUUUGAGUUUGGUGUCGAUCUUUGUUACAUGGGUGCUGCUCAGCCACACUAGAGCACAGUACUCGAGUAGACACGACUUAGGGCUGUUGUUCUGAGUGUGGUGGAGAUGUUCUGCGUAAUUUGUGGUGGAUGUUAUUUUGAGUAUUUAUUUUGGCGGUAUUGUUUUCUAAAUGCUUUUUUAAUGACAAUGUAUUGUGAUGCCCAGAUAUUUCGGAUAGAUAUGGGUGAAAACGUAGCAGUUUGUUAUUGAAAUAUGCCUCAGGCUCGUCUGUUAUUUGCUUGUUAUUCAGGGGCAAGCAGGAAAAUUCCGUUUUAUUCAUAUUUGGAAUAUGAAUAAGCCUUUACUACACAGAUAUGGUAGAGUCUCUAGAACUCGACCCCACCUGAACAAUUGCAUAGUCGAAUCUCGAAACACCGCGUCUGUUCGGUGGUCAGGACCGUCAUCACAAUAGUUUACUUUAUGUGAUGAAAAUUAUGCAUAGUGCUUAUUAAGAAGCCCUAUGUUAUUAUCUACUAUAUGAUUAUUAAUAUUGUACCUCUUAAAGGCAUUUUUAUUGUUAAAUAAUAUUUUUUCUUGUAGCACUUCUUUUUUAUUUUAUGUACAAGUUUAAAGUAUUUAUUUCAAGUGAAGUGUGAAAAAAUAAACUCAACUUUGUUUAAUUGAUGUAUUGCUUUGUCGAUUUUUUUACUUAUUAUUAAGAAAUAGAAAUGGUUUAAUAUUUGAUUGUUAAUUCUUUUUACUUUUUGGAUAAAUAUUUUUUCUUUAGUAAAUUCUAUAUUUAUAACUAUACUCCGUCUACCGAACAGACGGAGUAAUCAAGUGAAUAAAUCAUAAUAUUUCUUAAAAAUACCUUAACGCACGGCCUUGUACACAAUGCUGAUAAUACCAGUUACCGAAUACUUUGUUAUAGGUAUUGUGUAGAAGGUCGUGCGUUAAGGUAUUUUGAAGAAAUAUUGUGAUUUAUUCAGGUGAUUACUCCGUCUGUUGGGUAGGAGUAUAGAUCAUUGUAAAUUUCUAAAAAUUAAAAAAAAACAUAUCUGGAUAUAUUAUGAAAUAUGUGUCCAAUUUUCUUUAUUUAGUAUAUUGUAGGCUGUACAUACCAAAAUCGAUGGAUUCAGUUAUGAAAUACUUUAAACGAAAAAAAAAUGUAUAAAUGUGGCAUAUAACUUUUUACCGACUUUAAAAUACUUCUACAAUCUACCUACUUUAUAUAUUAAGGCCUAAAAAGUCUAUCAAACAACUGAUAUAUUUUUGUACGACCUAAAGCUCAAAAACAUACUUAUUUAGCUGGUUCUAGAUUCAUCUUCACUUCUGUACCUUGGUAUAAGAUAUAACUUGGAAUAACUUUUACCUCACUGCAAAAAUAGUAAAUAUGUAGAUUGGUAAAAACUGGAUGUGGAAUGAAAUUGUGUGUAUCUAUUACUAAGGCACUUUUUAGGUUAACAAAACUUGGAAGGUCUACCAUGUUAAUUGAAAUAAAUUUAAUAUUAUUAUAUUUAAUAAGAAACAGUAAUCAUUACUUUAAAUAUAACGUGCUCGUAAAAUUUCGUCUUUAUUUCUUCUUCUCUUGGUGCCUAUUCGUUUAGAAUAUUGACGAUCAUUCUGGCUCUAAUUAUUUUAUUAACUGAUGCUUUAAAUAGAUUAGUUGUUGUUGCUGCUGUUGAUUUCCUUAGGUUUUAUCCAUCCCAAUUCCUUGCUUUCCGAAUACUUUGCCUUGAAGGAUUACCUUCAGUAAUCUUUAUUUAGUGCCGUUUUUCAUUAUAUUCCAUCUUUAUUUAGUGUUAUCAAUUCCUAAAAUUCUACUUAUAAAAGGGGAUAUUCUUAUCCCGAAACUAAAUUAAGAGCUCUAGGACCUGUCCUCAAAUCAUUCUCAAAUACUUCUUUGAUACUUACCUUUCAAGGUUUCUUAAAGUUUCUCUGGCAAGUCCUCACUCUUGAACGAAUUACAUUCAAGGUAUGCGUGUAGCAGUGACAUUUGGCAAUUUCCGCGACUAUUGUAGUUGACCAACCAAAAUUAUCACCAGGUCCUAAGAGUCUUUCACCUGUCUCGUUCCUAACUAGUUGGUCAGCAAUGCGGUUGCCUUUAUUGCUAUUGUUUCCUUAUCCUUCAGCUCACGAAGAUUUUAUUACCAUCCUAAGCUUGAAGUAAUGACGCAUGACACUCCAUCGCUAAACAUGAUGUAACACGUGGUCUAUUCAAGGUUAGCAGCAAGUACCUAAAUGUUAUUAUCUGUUUUUGAAAUACAGAAAAAUUGGUAGGCUUUCCAAAAUGUAUAGUAAUAUUGUUAUUAUCUCAUGAAAGGUAGACAAACUCUGUAAUUUUAAAAUAAACAAAUGACCAAUUUCAAGUUUUUAUGUAGAAAUAGAUUACCAGAAUGCAUUUUGGUUCUAAUUUUACUCCUCCUAGGCUUUUUAAUAUAGUUUUUAACUAUUUGAACAACUAAAUCUAUAAAAAUUAAAACUAUAGGUAAAUACUAACUAAGAAACAUAACAUGACUUAAGUCACAACUUUUAUCGUUUGUAUUUUUAACCGGCUGUGUCUGUCAACAAAUGCAAAGUUGUUGGCGAGUCUUACAAACUGCAAGAGAAAAAACUUAAUUUCAUAAAACAAGUAAAUAGUAUACAAAAAAAACUGAUCGAUUUGUUAGUUUAGUAUUUUUGGGCGUUUUAAAUUAUGGCGAAUGAAGUACACAUUCUAAAAUUUGGCGAAUGUGCCAGUAUCAUUGGUCACAGAAUCUUCUCAUCGGCCUUUUAAAUUUGGGUGAUGUCAAUAUCUACCUACUCUUGUUUUGAUAUCAUCUAGCCACCUUUUCUAUAGAUUUCUCCUACUACGAUUUUGGUCUCAUUUUCUCCAUCUUGUUCUGCUACAAGUCCUAGCCACUUCUUUUUAAUUUGUGGAAUUUUACUAGAUAUAUUUUAUCAGGGGCGUCAUUUGAUAGGGGCAGGGGGGCAUUCCCCCCCCCGGCCCUGAAAAUGACUGAAAUUUACAAAAAAUACAUCAAUUUUCAUCAUUACAUCAUAUAUAAUGUAUUGUAUAUUAUAAUGCUUGCCCCCCCCCCCAAUCAAAAUUUCAAAUGACGCUCCUGUAUUUUAUCUUCCAUUUCUGUUUUCUAUCUUAUAUAUCUUAUUUUGACAUAUCUAUCAUGUUAUCUACCUAUCGUGUUAUCACCUGCCCCGGUACUCUACUUUGUCUACUUAACAUUGUCCAAAUCAUGUGAAUGCUCCUAAUGAUGUUAUCUUAUUUUGUUUGGUUAGUUUAAUUAAUUGUUUUAGAUAGAUGCCUAUGUCUAUGUUAUUUUUUAUUAUUUUUUUAAUAUAGUCUCUUUUUAGCUCAAUACAAAGAUUGUAGCGAUUUUCCAAAAGCUUUAUGCUGUCCGAAUAUGAUUCUAGAAGCUGUGCAAAAUAAGCGAUUGUGUCGUCAUUUAUCUCUUAGUCUGAGCUAAUUUUUUUUUUAUCUAAGAGCUAUCUCUUUAAAUUUGGGGACACAUAAUAAUCGAUGGGGUCCAAAUCAGGAGAAUAAGCCGGAUGAGAAAGCAAUUCAAAGCCCAACUCAUGGAUUUUUGCCAUUGUCAUAACGCUCUUAUAAACCGGUGCAUUGUCUUGGAGAAAUACUAUUCUUUCUUCUGCAUAUGAGGCCGCUUCCCUCUGAGUACCUGCUUUAAUUUGUCCAAUAAUACAAAAUGAUAUUAACUAUUGAUAUACUUGUACCUUUUUCAAGAUAUGCUGUCAAUUAAUUCCUUUCAGAUCAUAUCUUUGCUAUCCCGAAAUACAAUACCUUUCCGACCCAUUGAGAUACUCUUGGUGGCUUUGGAGAAAUUCUUUCGAUUGCAAUCCACUACCGUGCGUUUAUUUUGUUCUCUGGUAUAUAAUAUGUAGUAUUGAAUCCAGGUUUCUCCAACGAUUACCAAUCGAUGCCAAAAGUCCAACGGAUUCGCUUCAUAGCAGGAUAAUUUUUUCAUAUUCAGAACUUCAUUUAAAUAUGACUACCUACUGUAAUCUUUACUAAUUCUUAUGGUCUCUCCCAAUUUAUGUUCCUUCACUAUACGGCCACUACGAAAUUCACCAAACGAAAAUUUGACUGUAUAGUCGGAAGAAGCAUUAGUCUCAUACUAUUUAUGUAGCCUCUCUUUAGUUUCCUUCGCCAUUUUAUUUAUCAAAUAAUAAUGUUUAAUGUAAUAAUGAAAGUCAUUUUCUCCAUACGAGUCAUUUUUCCAAACACGUCAACUGUCAAAAAUAUACUUAUGGAUCCAGAUAGAAAUGUACUAGGGCAGUCCGAUAAGUACCUAGCCUUCAAGAAAAAAACGAACAUUUUUGAAAAGUAGUGAUUUAUUUCUGAACUUAGUCUUUUUGGCUCUGUACACUUGACCCAGCGAUCCUUCGACUUCUUUAACCCGGCUGAAAAAUGCCUUUUCUCGAGGUCUGCUUCGUGGAGGUGAGGAACUCCUUAUUCGACUUAUUAUGAGGUCUGCAAAGUAGGCACCGUGGAGGUGAGGAACUCCUUAUUCGACUUAAAUUUCUGCCUGGCGAGUGACUUUUUUAAGUUUGGAAACAAAAAGAGUCGUACAGAACCAAAUCUGGAGAAUAUGGUGGAUGGGACAGCAGUAUAGCCCAAUUCGACUAAUUUGGCCAUCGCGAUGACGGAAAUGUGAACCGGUGCAUUCUCAUGGUGGAAGAGUACUUUUUCUUCCCCAAUUGGGGUUGUUUUUUCUGCAAUACGGCGUCGAAUCGGCCCAAUAUUGUGGCACAGUAAAAUGUGACUGUUUUUCACUUUUCUAGGAAGUUAAUAUAGAUUACAUCUUGUGAAUACCAGAAAAUGGGGGCCAUCACGUUUCCGGACGAUUGGACAGUCUUUGUCCUCUUCGGAGCCCGUUCCGCGGGGUGACGCCCACUGUAUCGACUGUUCCUUGGUCUCUGAUGUGUACCAAUGGAACCAUGUUUCGUCGAUGGUUAUGAACCAACGCAGAAAAAUAUUUGGAUUACGCUUAAAUAGCCUUAAGACACUGCUCUUAAAUGGUCUCAUGGUUGCUCUUAUUGCCCGGAGUGAGAAAACGCGGUACCCAUCGCGUCGAUAGACGAUAUCUUUUGAGAUGUCUACUGUCUCAGCUAUCUUGCUAAUCUUCAGUGUACGGUCUACCAAUGUGAGAUCGUGGAUUGCUUUUACAUUAUUCUCCGUGGUACCCGUUUUCGGAGCACCUUCACAAACCGACGUGUGAUCACAUUGAAACUAGUUAAAUCAAUUUUUGAUAGUCGCCAUGUAAGGAGAAGAGUCACCGUACACAACAUUUAAGCCCUCUUUGACUUCGCUGCGGGAUUUCCCUUCCAAAAACAAGAGUAAAAUCUGCCACUGAUAUUGCACUUUUUGCAUGUUUCUAAAAUCCCCAGACACACCCGCUUACACACGCGGUCAAAACUACGAUGCGGCUCAGAUUUUUACAUCGGUCCUCUUUGUAAUGUAAUACAAUGACAUGACAGUAGAGUUCACUUGUGAUAUUGGCGCCAUCGGCCAGAGAGGCUGAGUAUUUAUCGGACCACCAUUAGGCUGACGCUUUAAAAUGACAAGAGAUGGGUCAAAAAUGACAAGAUGGGUAUGCUGAAUUAUCGCAAAGGAGCAACUCAAUAAUACGAUAAAUCAUAAUUUAAAUAAAAGAAUAAAGUUUAAAAAGUAAUUAAAAGACAAGGUAAACAAAUUACUACACCAAAAGGUAAUAUAAAAACACAUAUCAAUGAACAACAAAUUAAUGUGAUUUUUUAACAAUAUCAAUAUAUUAUGAUAUACACAAGCAUUUAAAAUUAAAUUUAAUUAGGUACCUUGUUUUACCUUUCACUUAGUUCUACUUUUUUCGUUAUUUUUUAAGGGAGGAGGAGCAAAAUUUUUGUCCAAUGUUAUUUAAAUGCAUUCAUAUUUUUCGAAUCCUGAUAAAACUAAUAAAUAUUUUUUUAAAAUUUAAACGCAGAAUGAAAGAUUACAUUAUUGUCGAUGGCCGAAAGCCCCUUAGAAUAAACAAAAAGUUUCUUUUGGGUGAAAUAUUUGACAUUAAAAAUCACACUAAAUUUUCUCUUUUUUUGUUCACCUCUGUAACUUAUUAAAAUAAAGAUUACCGAAGUUUUCAAGGACUUUCGGCCCUCGGUAAUAAUGAAAUCUUUCAUUCUGCAUUUAAAUUUUUCAAAAAUACUUAUUAUUUUUUUCAGGGUUCGAAAAAAAUGAAUGCAUUUAAAUACCAUUUAACCAAGAUUUUUCGCCUACUCCCUAAACCAAAAUCUCAUGUGUCAUAAAACUAUAAAAAAUCAUCAUACGCUUAUAUAUAAUAUAUAUAAUUAUAUGCUGCCUAAAUGUAGACAAAAUGCAUUUUGAGAUAAUACCAUACCAAACUUUUCCCGAAUACCUCCUAUACUACACGUUUUUCAAAUUUUUAAAUAAAUUGUA